CUUUCCCUUCCCAUUGAUUCCACCAUUUUAUACUUAUAUAAACUCGCAUUCACUCCAUCUCCAUUCCCCAUGAACGGCGUCGUAUCGAACCCCUCCUCCGUCACACUCCUCACCCUCAACAACAGGCGACCGCGCCCCCAAUCCGACGACGGACCCGACAUGGGAAUGGCUAAGAAGGGACAGGCUGUCCUCAAUGCCAAGCCCUCUUUCAUGACCUGGACCGCCGAUGACUUCCUCCACGUGGCCAGGUUUCAUUGGCUGCCAUGCGUCUUCGCCGCGGGGCUCUUGUUCUUCAUGGCCGUGGAAUACACGCUCCGAAUGGUCCCCUCCUCAUCGCCGCCUUUCGAUCUGGGAUUCGUCGCCACUCGCCCACUUCAUCGGUUGCUUUCUUCCUCGCCUCAACUCAAUACUGUCUUAGCUGCCCUCAAUACGGUGUUUGUGGGGAUGCAAACGACAUAUAUAUUAUGGUCGUUUUUAGUAGAAGGGCGUCCAAGAGCUACAAUUUCAGCUCUUUUCAUGUUCACUUGCCGGGGAAUUUUGGGUUACUCAACCCAGCUUCCAUUGCCUCAGGGAUUUUUGGGAUCUGGGGUUGAUUUUCCGGUGGGGAACGUGUCGUUUUUCCUGUUCUACUCCGGCCACGUGGCCGGGUCGGUGAUUGCCUCCCUUGACAUGAGACGGAUGAAGAGGUGGGAAAUGGCGCGUACGUUCGACGCUCUCAACGUGCUCCAAGCCGUGAGGUUGCUCGGCACUAGGGGUCAUUACACCAUUGACUUGGUCGUUGGAGUCGGCGCCGGUAUGCUCUUUGACUCACUCGCCGGAAAAUAUGUCGAAAGCAAGAGAAAAUUGUCAACAACUACUACUACUACUAGUAAUGGCAAAGAAGCUUCCUUUACUUGAAGGAUCAGGAAAGAGAAUUUGGAGUAUUUGACUGAUAGCUGUCUACUUUCUUUAAUCAGAUGACAAGAACAGUAGUCAUGAAAAAAAAAUUGUACAAAGAAUUAGGCAAAAGCUUUAAGCUUUUAGUUUGCUUCACCACUUUUUAUUGGUUGUUAUUUCUCGUUGUAGAGACCUUCAUCUGAUUUGAUUUGAUUAUAAGUUUUGGUUA